GCCGCAUCGUCCUGCUCCGGCCAGAGGACACGGAGGAGGCUGCAGCCAUGGAACAGCAUCUUCCCAUCAGGAGCACCGGAGAGGACGGGGCGGUGUCCCUGCCUGACUGAAGACUGAACCUACGUUAUGACUGAAUUAGAAGCCUCAGGGGUGGGGGAAAAUCCCCCACCCUACAUUAUCUUUGUGGUGGUCUUCCUCUUCUUCCUCACUGGACUGUUUGGCUUCCUCAUCUGCCACCUGCUGAAGAAGAAGGGCUACCGCUGCCGCACUGGAGACAUGGAAGAUGAAGAUGAGGAGGAGAAGCUUGGAGGAAAUUCCGACGAUGAGGAUGAAGAAAACCAGGACACAGUGGAACAGAUCCUCAAAUGCAUUAUUGAAAAUGAAGCUAACAUGGAAGCUUUCAAUGAGAUGUUUGGAAACCAAAAUGUCUGUGUGCGCCACGACCCCAGAUUGCGCAAGGAGUCCAUUGGUGGUGUUCCUUCCCAUCACCACACAGUCCACUCAGGCACCGACCACAACACCUGCCAUCUCUGUGCCCAGGUCCGAGCUAAAAAGGGCAGACGACAUAGUCGAACGCCACGCUUUAAACAACGACCUGGAGAGCAGACUGUCUUCUCUGUUGGCAGGUUCAGAGUGACCCACACAGAUAAGAAGCCUCACGGAAGUCCUAAUCCAAUGAUCAGUUCAGGGGACCAGCUGGACCAAUCCCAGGACAGUGAGGAGCGGAAGGAGGGCGGGUAUAAUCUGAGAAGCAUGUUCAAGGAUGCCCGACCACCUUCAGAGGGCUCCAAUGGGGUUGGCCCAAAUGUGGGGAAACGCAAGAAGAGUGUAACCAUAUUUGGGCUGAGGCGGGGCAGCGACCCCAUUGGCAUUAAAGGAGCAGAGGGGACAGUCAGGGAGACUGGAGGUUUUAGAUUCGCUAUUCAGAAGCAACCUGUAGUGCUGGAGGAACUGUCGCAGGCAGAGAACACUAGAGUCUCUCCUGAACGUGGUACUAAACCUGGUAUCAAACCUGAAACCGAGCCCUCAAAGAAUCAGUCACCUUCUUCACCUCAUCGUGAGGCUAAAACUUCAGGUUCCGUUAAUUCUCCCUCUUCUCAAAGUAAGGAUCAGGCCCGUGGCUCUAAGUCUACUCCAGAGGAUGGCUCUAAAGAUGGGCCCAGUCCUGAGCCACGUACGAACCUUAUGAUCAAACCUUCUGUUGGGACUACAGCAGCUUCUGUCCCCAGCUCUCUUCCCAUUCCAUCCUCUGUUUCAUCUGGACAGACAUUUAAAACAACAGAGAAACAAAGAGAUGAUAAGGUGUUAAACAAUCCAGAGGCAUAUGAUCCUGGGCCACUACAAACCUCUACACCCAUUGCCCCAAUGCCUGGAUCCAUUGCAGGUAUCACUCCUGUCAGUCCUACUGGCCAACCUGAACCCUAUUCUGGCUCUGGUCUUCCACUUACCCAAACCCCCUCCAACCCAAGCUCCAGCCCAGAUCCAGAAUCAGGCUUUGGUGCUAGCUUAGCUUUAAUAAGCUUAGGUUCAUCCCCUCCAUCUUUAGCCUCCUCACUAAAAACUCCUAUCUCACCCGUGGCAGUCACACCAAGCCCCAAACUAAGCUCAAAAAGUACACCAUCAGAGUCUUCAAAAACUGCCUUUUCUCCUGCCCUCACUCCAAGCCCCAAACUCCAGUCAGGCCAAGCGAUGUCUAGCGAAUCCCCUAUUCCAUCUUCAUCCUUUGGAAUAAGUGCUAGUCCAUUACAAGCCCAAACUUCCUUACCUGCUCUCACUGCUAGCCCCAAACUUGACACCAUGCCAGUAUCACCACAAAACCCCUCUUCUUCUCCAGCUGACCAAAACCCGUCCUUUGGAAGUUCUCCUCUUCUGAAUUUGAAGUCAGAAAGUGUGAUGUCUGAAAUUUCGAUGACCAAAGGGGAAAUGGUUUCAAGUCCAUUACCUCUAAAGGAACAAGAGGUGAAAGGAGCUGGAAUCAUGAAGACAGAAGAAAAGACAGAAAAAGUGAGGGUGGGGAUUCUCAAGAAAGCUGAACUUUCACCAGUUGAGGGAGAUUCUAAAGGCUCUGCCCUUUACUCUCCCACUGAUCAGCUUUCUAAAGACAGACUGAGCCAUUUGCCUUUGUCACCUUCCAGUCCACUGUCCCCCUCCUCACAAUUAGGGAGCAGAAUAAGUAGUGUGACCAUCAUCAAUGCCAGUCCUGAGAGCAAGAGAGAGUUCUCUGUUGUCACUAUGGUGGAGGAGAAAGAACCCUCUACUUCAGUAAAAGACCAGAAAGGAGAGACUUCUGAACUCAGGGAUGAAUCAGAAAAAGCAGGAAUUAGUCCAGCAGUUGGUCUUGGAGGAGAGGUUCAGGGUUCAGGUGUUGGACAAGCUGAAAAUCAAAGUAGAGGGCCUCCUGGAGCAGAGGUUAGGCCAAGGGCGAGCCAAGACAAGGACGAUAUGGUGGAGAUGGAAGAUAUUGGGGACUGCAAAGUGAUGCAGGUGUAAGAAGCAGAGAGGGUGAAGGAGGAGUUGGAGAAGAUGGUGAACACAAAACAGGACUAAUAGGCAGAGUCUAAUAGUGACAUGGUCCAGAGUUCAGCUUUGAUAAUCCAAAGAAAGAAGUGAUACCAAGGGGUACCACUUAGUGGACUAUAGGAAGGGAAAUGUAGUAAUAAUGAAAUUAAGUAAUUAUAAACACGGCUUUGAUUAUGUAACCACAGCUGUGAAAAUGUUGCAGUGAGACUGAACUGGCUGGUAAACUGACUAGUCAGCUGAUUGAUGAAAAAUCAUCAUAUAUACCACUGCUAGAUUGAAAGGAUGAUAUGAUAAAUGAUGCAUGUUUUACCCUUUUAACACAAAUCACUAAUACUUUAGUUUACAUCAUGGCUAAUCAUUUUGCAAACGAUGCCUUUGUGUUUUUUUGUUUUAAAUGUUUUUUUGUACUCUUAUUCCAUCCAGAGUUUAGAGCCAUGUUAGCGGCUCUGUGAGGCUGUAUGUAGCACCAUGGACAUCAGCGUUUGCGCAAAAUGCUAAUGUCAGUAUGCUAACAUACCCACAAUGACAAUAUUAACAUGCUCAAUUUUAAAAGAUGUUUCCAGUAUUGGAGAAACUGUGAUUUUGGCCUGAUUAGGGGGCUACAUGAAAAGUCAGAGGAUGACCAACACCAUUACUGUUACUCCUGAAGGAAACAUUACUGUCUGUACUAAACUGCAUGGCAAGAGUUAUGUUAGGAUGAAAUCCUUAUUUUUUUAUCCUAUAUUUCCCACACUUGCCUAUAUUUUGCAGAGGCUGAGUUUUCCUUUGACUAAAUAGUUUCACAUGUGACAAGCUGACUGCUUGGUUGGCUGAUAUAUAAAGGUGCUAAGAGCUGGCAAGUUCUAAUCUCAUCUAUUGAUCCUGCUGAUUGUGAAUCAAGAUUAACAGCACAAGCACAGGGGAGCAACAGUCGCUCUAUGGGCAGCUUGGCCAACAGAGAUAUAUCAGUUAAGUGAAUUCGCAGCAAGUUCAUGUAACUCUGUUUCAACCCAUGCUAUUCUGUUAAAGUUAAAGUUCCACUGACUGUCACACACCUGAGUGUGUGAAAUUUGUUCUCCGCAUUUGACCCAUCCCCUGAGGGAGCGGUGAGCAGCAGCGGUGCCGCGCUCGGGAAGCAUGUGGUGAU